AUGAAAUUUACCGCACGAACACCGCUGGCGCGGUUUCCGAUGACCGGGAAACUUUACCCAAUACUCAUAAAACAUCGCGGGAGAGUUAAGGCUCGACCGCAGCUCGUGAGUGAAGACCUACUAGAUAAUGUUGUCGAACGCGUAUCGCCUUACCUUCUCCGAAACCAACCGGUAGACAUUCUGGACCUUUGGCCUGGGUCUGGUCUGUUAUCAUCUAGAGUGAAUAACCUUGUUCAACCACGCCGUCAUAUACUUGUCGAACCAAAUCCAAACUUCAACCCUCUUCUCACUUCGGUUAUCGGGGAGAAGCCGUGUUAUAAGAUCGUCAAAGAAAGGAUAUAUGGGAAAUUUGACUGGUCUGAUUUCUUCGCAGAGCAUUUACCAGAACAAGGCCCUGAAAAUCGAGACAGCUCCGGGGUUAUACCAAAAAAUGAUACACUCCUCGUCCUGGCUAAUCUGCCUGAAGCUGUCAGUUCGAUUGAUCAUUUCAAACCCAGCCGCUGGUUUCUCAACUUCAUGAAUAGCUGCUUAAAACAAAGUGAACUGAACAUGUACGGGGCUGUGCGAGUACUUGCCACACUGCCCUUCAGUGAAGUCUCGGGCAUGUUACCGCGGUCCGUUAUGGAUCGCACACGAACUGGCGUAUUCGCGGAGACCAUAGGCUUGCACAACAUAGAGCUUGCUAGUUCAGCCGAAAAUGAACGUUCUGUUCAAUGGCGGGGUUUCAAUACCUUAAAAGACAACAGGAAACGUGUGGCCGAAAGAGCUGCAGCGCAUGGCAUUAUCACUCCGCCCACCAGAGAGCUUCCUGCUUUGGAAGCAGUGCCACAAGUUGCCCACCGUGGGAGAAAGGAAUCACCACAUCAGGUUCGACUGCGUACUCCUCUUCACAAGAAUAUCUUUGCGGCCAUCGCGGCAGCAGAAAAGUUGGGUAUCAAGUCAGCCUUGGAUACCACAGACCCCAAAGCCAAAGAUAUAUGUCGGAAGCGAGGAAUAGCACUCACACACCUUGCCAGAGACAAUACAGCGCAUUACUACCGGCAAAGGCUUGUGGACAUAGUACUUGAGAUUGACGAAGUGAGCCGGACAUUUGCACGUGCUGCUGCUGAUCCCAAGGAGACUGUCGAGGGGCUAAAGGCUCUAGAAGAUCAGAUGACAGCUCUCAAGUCGAGUUUUACCACUUUGUUCGCCGGGGUUCACUUCACCGUGUUGGAAAAAUAUGAACAUACAACCGAUGAUGCGCGGUUGACUACAAUCUCCACCAAUUUCGAUGAUGCGGUCCUGACACAUGACCGACGACCAUUUGAGCCAUUAUACAUCCACCCCGAUGAGAUUUAUCCUCGCGAAACCCCACUUGGAGUGAUAUAUUUCGAGGCAGACCCCAACCAGCCCAUUUUGAAGAAGGUCUUUGACCUCCCGAGGGAAACGGCACAAGAAGUCCUCGAGCGGUAUUUUGCACUGCUAGGCUGUGUAGGCUUCCGCGGUAAAAUGUCGGUCACCGAACUUCUUGAAACCCUUUUCCCAUUAGUGGCCAUCAAUGAUCAUGUGCGGGAUAUUCCAAGCCUUGCGACUUAUGCCAGAAGAAGCCUCAAGGCUGGCUAUGGGCCGAUGCCCUUGCCGGAUGGUUCGACGUCGGACCCAGCUUUCACCUAUCAGGAGAACGUGGACUAUGAUUUGAGUGAUGUUCGACUCCGCACUCUUUCUGCGAAUACCCUGCUUGAUAUUGCAAUCAAGUACGAGAACCUUCCGGAGAAGCUAGGUAUCAUUCCUUUCAGCCGAGCUCUAGGCGCAGCAUUGACUCAGGCUCAGCUCGGAGAGGAAAUUAUUAAGCCAAAGAUGCGAUAG